UUUCGAAAAUUUUAUAGAUUUUUUAUACGAUGGUUUUUGGGGAAAAUGACAAGAUAUUAGCUCAAAAAACUAUACUCGGAAAAGCACAGAUAGUCAAAUAAUACGGAUUACUAGUUGGAUGGUAAAAAUACGUGCAUUUUCACCUACGAAACAUACGAUGGUUUUAUAAUUGGUCUUGGUUGGCAACUGGCUUUGUUUACAAAUGUACAAAAAUACACAAUCUUCAGAAUAAAAUUUACCGUCGUUUUCUAAAAUCGCUUCUAUGGAUACCAAUUCAUUACGUGGUAGUUCACGACAAUCAAAAUCGGUCGUAUUUCCUCGUAUAAAUGCCGAUCAAAAGUAUAAAGGAUCUCGACAGGGUAGCAAUGAAAGAGCCGAGACUGCUAGCUUUGGUCCAUCCACGUCGAAAGAUCAAAAUGAAGACUUGAAUAAGUAUAUUCUAGAAAGGCUAGAUCGCACUGAAAGAGCUUUAGAGGUCGAAAGACAGGAGAGAACUGCAUUGGAAGAACUUGUGAGGAGAUUAAUGGUAAAUGUGCAAGGAAUAAGCAAGGAUAUGGUAGCUUUGGAGAAUGCUGUAAAAUCUGAGGAAAGUAAUGCACAUUCACAAAACGUUGCUCUAAAAAAUCUUGAAAUGCAUCAGGUCUCUGGGAUAGGGGACGUUUGGAACAGGCUUACUCUUGCGGAUUUAAACACCAUUAAACUAUCAGGAGACUUGAACAAACUGUCUGGUGAAGUGUCUGAUGUCAAAAGAAGCCAAGGAUACAUUAAAGAAAAGCUUGAAAAAUGCUCUAAAGAUGUUCAGAGUUUAGUCACUAGGCUUGAAAAGACUAGCUUAGAAUAUGAGAGAAAAAUUCAGCUACUCAAAGUUGAACAAGAUUCAAAAUUUGCCAAUCUAGAGCGGAGUGUUGAGGUUGCAGAGAAAUGGAAUGAGAAGCAAGGAAAAGAAAAGGAGAGAUCAGAUGGAAAUAACUUGAGACUUGAAUUACACGAAUAUUCAAAGACCCUUGCAAGCUUUAGACUUCGUUUUGAUCAAUUUGUUGAAAACCAGGAGGCAUGGAGGGAGGGAAUUGAUGGAACAUUUUCUGGCCUCUAUGAGAAUUUGCUUGAGGUAAAAGCAGCAGGCAACACACAUUACGAAGACCUCACAAGAAGACUUGAUGAUUUAGAAAUGAAACAAAAAACAUCAUUGGAAAAAUCUUAUAAUUCAAUUAAAGACAGUUACAGAGAAGCAUUCAGGGUUGUGUAUGAAAGUAUUACAACAAUGCAAACGGUCUUGGAGGCAAAAUUGAAAAUGACCGAAGCAGAUCUUAAGACCUCCAUAAAUAGUAUUUUGAAAACAAUGUCUCAAUGAACAAAUGCAUAAGAACAAUUUUA